AUGUUGGAUCCGUCUUCCAGCGAGGAGGAAGGGGAUGAGAUACUGGAGGUGGAGCGCAAAGAGGUGGCGGCCCCGAAGACCACCGGAGGAGCCCGAUUGUCACCGGGCCGAGCUGCCGACGGCGGCGCAGGGCUCCAACCCCGGGGCCGCGGGACCGGCGGUGGCCGACCCUCCAGCCCCAGCCCGUCGGUGGGAAGCGACAAGGAGAAAGAAGACCUGGAGAAGAUGCAGAGGGAGGAGGAGGAGAGAAAAAAGAGACUCCAGCUGUAUGUGUUCGUGAUGCGCUGCAUCGCUUAUCCGUUCAACGCAAAGCAACCAACUGAUAUGGCCAGAAGGCAACAGAAGAUCAGUAAGCAGCACCUGCAGACAGUCAAAGAACGUUUCCAGCAGUUCCUUAAUGGAGAAACUCAGAUUGUGGCAGAUGAGGCGUUCAUCAACGCUGUCCAGAGCUACUAUGAGGUCUUCCUGAGAAGUGACCGUGUGUCUCGGAUGGUGCAGAGCGGCGGCUGCUCAGCCAGCGACUCUCGGGAGGUUUUUAAGAAGCACAUAGAGAAGCGGGUGCGCAGCCUACCUGAGAUUGACGGCCUGAGCAAAGAGACGGUGCUGAGCUCGUGGAUUGCCAAGUUUGACACCAUCUACCGUGGUGAAGAAGACCCCAGGAAACAUCAACAGAGGAUGACAGCUAGCGCCGCCUCCGAGCUCAUCCUCAGCAAAGACCAGCUCUAUGAGAUGUUUCAGCAGAUCCUGGGAAUCAAGAAGUUUGAACAUCAGCUCCUCUAUAAUGCCUGCCAGCUGGACAACCCUGAUGAACAGGCAGCUCAGAUCAGAAGAGAGCUCGAUGGACGACUGCAAAUGGCCGACCAGAUCACCCGGCAGCUGGGUGGCAGGUUCCCCAGGUUUUCCUCCAGAGAGAUGGAGGCCAUGUUCAUCGAGGAGCUGCGAUCUUCUGUCAACCUGCUGAUGGCUAAUCUGGAAAGCAUGCCAGUGUCCAAAGGAGGAGAGUUCAAACUGCAGAAGCUGAAACGAGGCCACAACACCUCCAUCAUGGACAUGGGCCAGGAGGAUGAGAACACCCUGUCCAAAUCUGACGUGGUGCUGUCUUUCACCCUGGAGGUGGUGAUCAUGGAGGUCCACGGUCUGAAGUCAUUGGCUCCAAACAGGAUUGUUUACUGCACUAUGGAGGUGGAGGGAGGACACAAGCUGCAGACGGACCAGGCGGAGGCGUCAAAACCCACUUGGGGUACCCAGGGGGAUUUCACCACCACCCAGCCUUUACCUGCUGUGAAGGUGAAGCUGUUCACUGAGAGCACAGGAGUGUUGGCUCUGGAAGAUAAAGAGCUGGGGAGGGUCGUGCUUCACCCAACUCCCAACAGCCCCAAGCAGUCUGAGCUCCAUAAGAUGACAGUAUCUAAAGGCUGCCCAGACAGUGACCUCAAGAUAAAGCUGGCCAUACGCAUGGACAAACCACAGAACAUGAAGCAUUGUGGGUACUUGUGGGCUAUCGGCAAAAAUGUGUGGAAAAGAUGGAAGAAAAGAUUCUUUGUGCUAGUUCAGGUGAGUCAGUACACCUUCGCCAUGUGCAGCUACAGAGAGAAGAAGGCGGAGCCUGUGGAGCUCCUCCAACUGGAUGGCUACACUGUGGACUACACUGACCCCCAACCAGGCCUAGACGGCGGUCGGACAUUCUUCAACGCAGUGAAAGAGGGUGACACUGUGAUCUUUGCCAGUGAUGAUGAGCAGGAUCGGAUCCUAUGGGUGCAGGCUAUGUACCGGGCCACCGGCCAAUCACACAAGCCAGUUCCUCCCACCCAAGUCCAGAAACUCAACUCUAGGGGGGGCACAGCGCCACAGCUGGACGCACCCAUAUCUCAGUUCUAUGCUGAUCGGGCCCAGAAGCAUGGUAUGGAUGAGUUUAUUUCAGCCAACCCCUGUAACUUUGACCACGCCUCGCUCUUUGAGCUUGUACAGCGCCUCACCCUGGACCACAGACUCAACGACUCUUACUCCUGCCUGGGCUGGUUCAGUCCCGGUCAGGUGUUCGUCUUGGACGAGUACUGCGCUCGCUAUGGCGUUCGAGGCUGCCAUCGCCAUUUAUGUUACCUGAGUGAUCUGCUGGAGAGAGCUGAGAACGGAGCCAUGAUCGACCCCACCCUGCUGCACUACAGCUUCGCCUUCUGUGCCUCCCACGUCCACGGAAACAGGCCCGAUGGUAUUGGCACUGUAACCGUUGAGGAGAAGGAACGCUUCGAGGAGAUCAAGGAGAGGCUCCGGGUGCUUCUGGAAAACCAGAUUACACACUUCAGGUACUGCUUUCCUUUUGGACGGCCAGAGGGAGCACUGAAAGCAACGCUGUCCUUGCUUGAAAGAGUUCUCAUGAAAGAUAUCAUAACCCCAGUCCCACAAGAAGAAGUCAAGGCUGUGAUCCGUAAGUGUCUGGAGCAAGCAGCUCUCGUCAACUACCAACGCCUGUCAGAGUACGCCAAACUGGAAGGGAAAAAGAGAGAAAUGUAUGAGCAUCCUGUCUUCUGCUUGGCGUCCCAAGUGAUGGAUUUAACCAUUCAGAAUGUAGGGCGGUUAGUCACCCCUGCCAAAAAACUGGAGGACACCAUUCGCCUGGCGGAGCUGGUGAUUGAGGUGCUACAGCAGAAUGAGGAACACCAUGCUGAGGCCUUUGCAUGGUGGUCAGACCUGAUGGUGGAACACGCAGAGACCUUCCUGUGUCUCUACUCGGCCGACAUGGACGCAGCUCUUGAAGUUCAGCCACCAGACAGCUGGGACAGUUUCCCUCUCUUCCAGCUGCUCAAUGACUUCUUGAGGAUAGACUAUAACCUGUGCAACGGGAAGUUCCACAAACACCUGCAGGACCUGUACGCCCCCCUGGUGGUGCGUUAUGUGGACCUGAUGGAGUCCUCUAUUGCACAGUCUAUUCACAGAGGCUUUGAAAGAGAAUCUUGGGAACCUGUCAAGAGUAUAACAAGCACUCUGCCCACUGUCAACCUCCAAAUGCCCAAAGUACCAAAUCUAACAGUGCCAAGUGUUAACCUCCCACAAAUGCCCAGCUUUUCUCCACCCAACUGGAUGACAGCUAAUAAUGACUCAAAUAAUGGCUCAGGGACAUCAGAGGAUCUCUUCUGGAAGCUGGAUGCUCUGCAGACCUUCAUCAAAGAUCUGCACUGGCCAGAGGAGGAGUUUGGUAAACACCUGGAGACCCGACUGAAGCUGAUGUCCAGUGAUAUGAUUGAAUCAUGUGUAAAACGGACACGGGUGGCUUUUGAGGUGAAGCUUCAGAAGAGCAGCAGGGCUACAGACUUCCGCGUGCCACAGUCCAUCUGCACCAUGUUCAACGUCAUGGUCGAUGCCAAGGUCCAGUCUGCCAAACUGUGUGCCAUGGAUCUGGGACAGGAGAGACAAUACCAUUCUCAAAUUGACAAUCUCAUUGAGGAGACGGUGAAGGAAAUGAUCACUCUGCUGGUAGCAAAGUUUGUUGUUAUUCUAGAGAGCGUGUUGGCCAAACUCUCCAGAUACGAUGAAGGAACACUCUUCUCUUCCUUCCUAUCUUUCACAGUGAAAGCUGCCUCAAAGUAUGUGGAUGUACCUAAACCGGGGAUGGACGUUGCCGAUGGUUACGUGACUUUUGUCCGUCACUCCCAGGACAUGCUGAGGGAUAAAGUCAAUGAGGAGGUGUACAUAGAGAGACUGUUUGAUCAAUGGUACACCAGCACUAUGAAUCUUCUAGGAACAUGGCUCACUGACCGUAUGGACCUGCAGCUUCAUGUCUAUCAGCUGAAGAUUCUCAUCAGGGUCGUCAAGAAAAAGUACCGUGACUUCCGCCUUCAAGGUGUAUUGGACUCCACAUUAAACAGUAAGAUGUAUGAAACGGUGAGAAAUCGACUGACCUUGGAAGAAGCCACAGCCUCAGUGAGGGAAGGAGGGAUGCAAGGCAUUUCCAUGAAGGAUAGCGAUGAAGAGGACAGCGGUAACUAG